AAUGGUAUUCUCCGAAAUCCCGUAUCUGCUCGAUAGUAUAAAGCUCGAUGCACGUAUCGCGCUGAUGUUUAUGAAAGUUUGUUUAAAAAAAAAUCACUUUUUCAGGAUUACAGCGUUUUUACGGUAUCGGUAGAAUGACUCAUUCCCGGUUGGCGGCACAAGGUCCAAUCCUUUAUCAUUUAUACUCGAGAACUAUUUUGUGAAAAGUGGGUGAAAAAAAUUUCAAUUUUUUCACGAAUUUCCGAGUGAUAAGGGAAUAAUUCUUUUUCACUUGCAAUUAAAGUAUCAAGGGCACAGUUGAAGAGCUUGGAUGAUGAUACAUCGUUUUGUAUGGAAUCAAAAAAGAAAAAUCCUUUCGACUUUUGGGAGAAAUUUGGAAUCUCUAAUCCGUGGAGUUUUUUUUUAGAUAUUGGGGAUUCAGAAUACGCCACGAUCAUUGGAGAGCUCAAAUAAUAAGACGAGUUAAAAUUCUCGGUUCGAAAAUACACUCGCAGUUCCCAUUUUGCUAAUCAGCUCAAACCCAUUCCUGAUUUUUUUAGGAUUGCUUGAGAAGAGUUUAAAAAUGAUCUGAAAAGAUCAAUUUAGUGAUGGAAAAUAUCUGAUGGAAAACUAGAGCAGCCUGAAUGUCGUCUACUUGAAAAGUUGUUGCCUCCGAAGUACUCUAAAUAUGGGAGUUUCAUAAAAAAUUUUAAUGUGAAAUCUGAUUUUAGUGUGAAAUAUUGAAGGAAAAAAAUCUCGGAUUACACGUACGAUAAUUAUUCCCAUAACUAGAUAAUGUGAAAAAAAAUAAUUCGUAGAAAUUGCAAAAUUUUUCACAGACGUCAGACUACAGUAUUUUGAAGAUAAAUUUUGAGGAUUUUCUUUUUUUUGUAACCUUCUUUCGUAGAAAAAAUCGGCAGCAGAAAGGCUGAUUCAUGCAAACUCGCAGACUGCACUCAAAAAUUAGUGGAGCUGGCCGUAUAUUUAUGAAGAUUAUAUUUUGUAUGCCUAUAAGCAUAUAGCUAAACCGGUAUAAAAGUUCCAUCUAAACGUAUAGUCAGUAUAUCGGAAUAUAGGGCCGCAUAGAGGCUCGGGAACGAGUACAUAUCGUCUGCUGGUCGCAUCCCAGCGUCCAAGGUUUACGAGGUUUCGUAAAAUUUAAAACAAGCGCUCUUUUCGUCUUGCGACAAUCACUGCGAAAUGAUUGCAACUGCAACGUUCAAACUGGCAAAACACUAUGUUUAUUUUUAAUGAUUCAAAUUAUUUAUUCCAACGCUACAGAGAUUUUGUCGGUAAAAAAAACAAUUGUUAUUGAAACAUAUGAAUCACGAUGUCAUGCACUAUGGUUCCUGUGUGAAAACGUAGCAUUCAAGCUCUGUUGAUAAAAAUUAAAAAAUUGACUCAAUGUCGUUAUCAAAGUACUAAUUAACUUGUUGUUAUCAACAGUUUGAAUACUGGCCUAGCGUAUAUUCGCUUUGGAAAACAUCGAAAGAAAAAUUUGUAUAGUUUUGCAAUUUUUAAUGUUGUUUUUACAGUGAAAUUCUUUUUGAUGUGAAUAGCGUACGUUAUUCAUGCAUGAACAUUUUCUUUAUUGAAUAUUCUACGAGCGAUUAUUUUCAUGUGAAAACUGCUAUAUAUUUUGAUCUGCUAUGAUGUAUGAAUGACAUCGAUGUACCAAAACACGAUAACGAACAAAUUGAUAAGGAUUUUUUCUGUAUACCAGCGAAUACAAUACUGUAAACUGGAGUAGUCGAAACGUGGUCGGAACUCGGAUUUUUUCUCUGAAUCUGCGUAGACCGAGUUUGCGAACCUACAUAACCUCAAAAAAUUGUUUAAAAACGAACGGAAAACAAAAAUUGUCAGAUCACGGGCGGGAGUGAUAUUAUAUCCUUGGCAUCUAAUUCCAAUGAACUUCAAACUCUCUAAAUACUGAAUUCUAAAUUUGUGUUACGAUACACCGCAACAAAUAAAACAUUUAACCCCCUCACCCCUCCGUAUAUUUACAUAACUCUUACGAGCUGGAACAUCUGAUUGGUUAGUGAUCAAGUUUAUAUUAGGGGAAUGAUUAUAUCUUCCACGUCGUUCCAGUGAGACCCGACUAAGAUUGAAGAACACGUCACGUGGAAGUUAUUAAUAUUAAACGGGCAGAGAAUUUCAAACAUAUUCCGUUUGGUAAUAGCGGUUCGACGUUAAUAUUCAUCAUCAGUCCAAUAUUUGCAUCAGCACAAAAAUGAUAAAAAUUAUAACUCAAAAUUUAGGGUCCCUCAGAGGAAAAACAUUCUCGAAAUUCUCUAUCCGCCCAAUGUCAGCUCAAGCUCCUAAUCCGAGCGAGCAACAUGAUGAAGUAUUGUUUGAAGAGGUGGGAGACAAAGGGCUCAUAAUACUAAACCGUCCUAAGGCUUUGAAUGCAUUAAACCUAUCGAUGGUUCAUAAAAUUCAACCGAAAUUGAAACAAUGGGAGAGUUCGAAGAGUGCCAUAGUUCUGAAAGGAUCAGGUGACAAAGCAUUCUGCGCCGGUGGUGAUGUCAAGUCACUUGUCCUUGCUUUAAGUGAACCUGGAGGAGCAAUUCUUGGUCAAACAUUUUUCAGGAAUGAAUACAGUUUGGAUUAUUCUUUAGGAACAUAUAAAAAACCCGUAGUAGCUAUUAUUCAUGGAAUCGUGAUGGGUGGUGGUGUUGGGUUGUCGGUCCAUGGUAAAUAUCGAGUAGCCACAGAAAACACACUAUUCGCAAUGCCAGAGACAGCGAUAGGGUUGUGCCCGGAUGUUGGGGCCACUUAUUUCUUACCACGUCUACAGGGAAAACUUGGUCUUUAUUUGGGCCUUACAGGAUACAGAUUGAAAGGAACCGAUGUACUCCAUGCUGGAAUUGCCACGCAUUACGUUCCUGCCGAAAAAAUAAGUGCUUUGACAGAAUCUCUCUUAGCUCCUGGAUCCCGGGACGUUGAUCAAAUUCUUGAUGAAUAUCGGUCGAAAGAUUUGAAUAAAAAAUUCUCCCUUGACGCGCACAUGGGUCAGAUAAAUGAGUGUUUUGGAGCGAAUACUGUAGAAGAAAUUAUUAAUAGAUUGAAAAAGGAUCGCACAGAUUGGUCUGAACGAACACUCGAAUUGCUCUCGAAAAUGUCGCCAACAGCGAUGAAAGUUGCUAAACUAGCAAUCGAAAAAGGAGAGAAGUUGAGCUUUGGAGAUUGUUUGAAGAUGGAAUACAGGUUGUCGUGUUCAGCUCUUACUCGUGAAGGCGAUUUUUACGAGGGUGUAAGAGCUCUUUUGAUCGACAAGGACCAGAAACCUAUUUGGAAUCCAAAAUCUCUUGAAGAUGUAACGGACGAACACGUUGCUAAAUUUUUUACGCAAACUCCCGGCGACGGAGAUUUGGAAUUUUAAAUUUUACAACUUCGGUAUAUGAAAGAAAUAUGCGUUUAUAAGAUGGAAUAAAUUGACAAACGGUUUAUUAGCAAUAAAACGAAUUUUUUAUUUAUGUAAAA